UCGCCGAUUGGUCGCUCAAACACCAAUUAAAUCGAGGCUCAGUCGAUUCUUCCUGACAGGGAAUCGGGAUAAAAAGUUUGAGUUGGCCGCUGGAGUAAAAGGUUGUUGAGUCGGAGGGAGGGGGUAAAGUCACGACAGAGAAAAUGAGCGACACAGAGGCGCAGAGCGCAGCACCGACUGAGCAACCUCAACCUGAGAGAAAAAUUAUCGCCACAGGGGUGCAGGGGACUGUGAAAUGGUUCAAUGUGCGCAAUGGGUAUGGCUUCAUCAACAGAAAUGAUACCAAAGAAGAUGUUUUUGUUCAUCAGACUGCAAUAAAAAAGAACAACCCAAGAAAGUUCCUCAGAAGUGUGGGGGACGGGGAAGUGGUGGAGUUUGACGUUGUUGAAGCAUCUAAAGGUUCAGAGGCAGCCAAUGUGACCGGUCCUGGUGGUGUACCUGUUAAAGGCAGCCGAUACGCCCCUAAUAAACGCCGGUUCCGUAGGCGAUUUUAUCCUCGGAAUGCACGCAAUGAUCAGGGAGAAUCCAAAACUUCUGGUGCUUCGGAGGGAGAAGGCACUGAAGAGAAAGAAGCCCCUCAGCCACGCCCCAGACGCCAGAGACCGCGCAGAAGACCUGCUGCACCACAAACGGAGGGAGAAGCAGGAGAAGACCGGAAUGUAGAGGGAGAAGGUGCCCAGCAGAGGCCUCCACAACGCAGGUUCAGACCUCGAUUUCGAAGGCCAUUCCGUCCUCGUCCAGCCCCUGGAGAUGCUCAACCAACAGCUGCCCCUGCUGAGGAACAAGAGUCACCCUCUAAAGAGGAACAGACCAAUGGGGAGCAGGCUGGAGAGCAGGCUGGAGAGCAGGCUGGAGAGCAGGCUGGAGAGCAGGCUGGAGAGCAGGCUGGGGAGCAGGCCGGGGAGCAGGUUGAGGCGCAACCCAGAAAACCCCGCAGACAGUUCAGUCGACGCAGACAGAGGAAAUCUGAAUCCGGUGCUUCUAAAGAUGAAGAUGAACCUGAAAAAGCACCUGAAGCAUCCCUGACUGAGGCCUCAAAGCCUGCUAUUGUAAAACCCUCUUCUGAAACUUCUCCAAAACAAUCCCCUAAAACAACUGAGGCACCUGCCGCUACAGCUGCCAAGAGCACAGAAUGAUUUCUGUGACCUGGAAGGAAUCAUGUGACCCCGGCAAGAGGUGGGACUUCCUGAGCUAAACUGGUGCUGUCUUUUGAAAGUGGUAUAGAGUUUCGCCCAUCAAACUACAACCGCUGCUAAAACGCAUCAGAUGUUGUCUGCUGACCCCCAAGUCAAAUUAAGCAGCAGGCACUGAAUUCGACAAGGCUUUAAUUUUAUUUUUUCAAUUUCAUUCUGGUUUUAAUUGGCAAGGACAUUCGCUUGUUUACCGUUUAACGGAACAGAUUGUAUUCAUUAUGUUCUCGGGGUGAAUUCAGGCCACUUUUUAUUAUCGAGAUGAUGAAUGUGUCCCAAUUCACCCUACUUUUGAAUGUUUUAAAAUAACUAUUGCGUUCUUGUCUCACCUCUUACCUCCUGUUGCCUGUCUCUCUCCCUCCCUUUCACGUUUCCCCCUCUUUUUCUCCCUGUGUCGCUGCAUAGGUUCCUGGGUGGGUUAGUUUGGGGGGUAGGACCUCGCCUGUCUCGUCAAACAUUCAACCAUUUGUCCAAACAAGUUCUACAUCCCUGUCCCUCCCCCUCACCUGAUCCACCCGUGUGGUCUGGACCCUUCGUCUGUCAGGGAGCAAAAGCGGAGGGUUGGGUUGAUGCAUAUUUAGCCAUUUAAAGAAAAUUUCAAAGAGAAUAAGAAAACUGCUCAAAAAGCCCAUUUAGAUUUACAAUAUUUCCCCUGUAUACUUUUGUUCUGUAUUAUGGGCAUUGAGCAGUAGGAAAAACAUGACCAGUUUGGCUACUUUAAGUUCAUCAAUGAGAGGAAAGGCCAUCCAAUACUGCACAGGCUCUUCUCUUAUUUCUAGCUAAAUGACAAGGGGAAAAAUACAUCCAAUCAGAAAACAAACUGGUUUAAACUUUUGUCCCUUUUUUUUCUUUUAUAUGUAUUACUUUUUUUUGGUGGGGAUUAUGUGCAAUGUUAGUGAGUAAAUAAAGUAUUUGCAAACCCA